UGUAGAAUGGUGGGAUAAGGUACAUUAAGGGGAGCUACAGUAGAUCCUGAUUAUUUUAUUUGUCUUUCCAGCCAAAGGGUUGAAUCAUGUUUAAGAAGGUCAACAGGAUUGAGCCCAAGAGGAACAAGACAAGAAAACCAAAAAAGCUUAAUCCAUGGAUUUCACACAUCUCCUGCCACCAACGCUAUGUCACCUUCCUUACUGGCUGCUAUAGUUGCCUCUGGAAAUUCAGAAAAUUGGAAAAAACUAAAGUUGGAUUUUGUUGCUGCAGUUGGAAAGAGCAAUUAUUUUGCCCGUGCCUGAUAAUUUCAUUUGUCUUAUCUGUGAUGUUGCUGUUCCUGUGGUUAGAAACAUCCAACGAAUACUUUAACUUUGACUGGGUCACUUUUCUAGGAACAGGCUACUGGUUUUUCUGGUCUAUUUUUAUUCUGAGUUUAGCUGGGAUCCUGACUGCCUACUCUUCAUUACUGUUGUUACUUGGAUUUUUGUUGCUUUGGGAAGGGAUUGAACUAUAUCUGCACUUGUGUCAUAAGAUCCUGAUUCUGCUAGUAAUUCUUCUGUGUGUCAUUUUACUGUUCAUUAUAUGCAAAUUCUGGAAAGAAAGGUGGCAGGUAGCUGGACUGUCACUGCAGAUCUUUUCUCCCUACAUUCACCUGUUCAGCGUAACUGUGAUGAUUAUCCUUUCCUGGCCUGUAGCCUUCUAUGUGGCGCGUUUGGAAAGAGAAGUUAGAAUGAGAAGAUACAGGAUGACACAUUCUGAGAAAAAAAGACUCAAGAAAUGUAAUGUAAUCACAAGGUUAAGAGGUCUACAAGUGGCUGUUGGAUUACCCUUUCUUCUGAUCCUUUUAUGUCUCUAUUUGAUGCCACUGGGGAUUAAUUCUCCCUGCAUUCAGGAGAAGGAGAAUUUGGGGCCCAAGCCAACCUUCUUUGGACAUAGAGGUGCACCCAUGUUGGGGCCUGAGAAUACCAUGAUGUCCUUUGAGAAAGCUGUUGAACAUGGAGCCCAUGGACUGGAGACUGAUAUAUUCUUAAGUUAUGAUCAUGUGCCUUUCCUCAUGCAUGACUUUGACUUGAGAAGAACAACCAAUAUCAGAGAAGUUCAGCCAGAAUCUGCCUUCAAGAACCCUGCCUUCUUCAGUUGGGAUUUCCUGUCGACACUGAAUGCAGGCAAAUGGUUUGUAAAACCAGAGCUUAGGCCAUUCUACAAUAUGAAACCUCUAUCAGAGGCAGAUAAAGAAAGAGCAAGAAAUCAGUCAAUUCCAACACUAGCUGAUUUGUUGACACUUGCAAAGAAGAAAAGAAAAUUUGUGAUAUUUGAUCUUCGUAGCCCUCCACCAAAACACCCUCUCAGACACACAUUUGUCCGCCAAGUAGUAAGAGUGAUCCUUGCCUCUAAAAUUGAGCAACAUCUGAUUUUUUGGUUGCCAACUCAUGAUAUGCGAUAUGUCAGGUCUGUGGCUCCUGGUUUUCAGCAUGUGGACCGUUUUGUAUCCAUUGAAACCCUUGCUAAAAAAAAUAUCAGCAUAAUAAAUGUUGACUACAAGAGGUUAUUCCCUAAUGGGUUAAGAGAUUAUAAAGCAGCUAACAUCCAUAUCAACAUAUAUACCGUCAAUGAGCCUUGGCUUUUCUCACUGGCAUGGUGCUGCAGGAUUAACUCAGUGACCACAGACAACAUUGGGCUCCUGAGUCAGCUUAAUCACCCUCACUUCUUCAUGACACCAAGGUCCUAUAUGUUCAUGUGGCUCCUUGCAGAUAUCAUUUCCCUACUUUUUAUUAUUACCAUAUUUCGUUUUCACUGGCGGAGAGAGACUAAAAAAGAAAAAUUGCUUGAAACCUCCAGAAAUUCCACAGAUACUCACAGUGGAAGUGAGAAUGAGAAAGAUUUGCACAUAUACGUUAAAUCUCCUGCCCGAGUUGUGGAACGUCCUUGGACUCUAGCAGCCCUCCACCCAGCCUUACCCAAGAGCAGAAAGGAACACCAAGGCCAUUCCAAUUUUGCAGCAGCAUCCAAGAAACUAGUACCUAUCAAGAAUGCUGUCACACCUCUGAAGCCUGCCAAGCACUACAUUCAACCACCAAUACCCACCAUGGUCUUUGAACUCACCCAAGCGCCCACCAGGCAGGCUACUACUAGUGAGGCUACCUUUCAAACUACAUUGCCCACCCCGAAGGCAGAUAAGCCAACAAUGCCCCCCGUAGAGGUCCCCUAUCCUGAAAUAAGAGACCUCUAAGAUAUCCUCAUGGCUGAAUACUCCAAAGGAUCAUAUGUCACAAUAUAUUUCACUGCAUCUGACAUAUAUCCUCCUAUGAGAUGUUUCCAAAGAAGAAUUA